AUGGAUCAUAUCGCAAUUACUAAUAUUCUUAAAAGCUAUGGGUAUACUCAUUAUAUAAUAAUCAAGCUUUAAAGGUGCAGAACCUCAAUAUAAAACUAUAAAUUAUUCAAUAGUCCCUAAACAUUUAAGUUUAGAAGAUCAUAUAGAAAAACCACAACUUGAAAUCCUUUAGUAAUUAAAUGAAGAGAAAAAAUGUCGUGAACUUGUUGAAAUACAUGGUAUCACAUUAGAAAAAACUAAAUAAUUUUAUGCAGAUAAAAUCAAAGAAUAUAAUGAUAUAAUAGAUUUGAAGCAUAUAAAAAAUAAAAGAAAUUAAUCACAAUCAGUUGAAAAAUCAAAUAAUUAAGCUUUUCUUCGAUUUGCAGGAGAUGAAGGUAAAAUCACAAAUUUUCACAUUUCAAUUAAUUCUAAGAAUCUAAUACCAUUAUUGAAUGAAAUUAAUAAAAGAUCUUCUAAUGAAUAAACUAUACAAUAAAGUCCUCUUAGUUGUAAGAGAUCAAAUAGAUAUAAUCAAAAUAAUACAUUAAAAACCUCAAAUAAUUACACAAAUAUUAAGUAUAAUCUACAAACAAUUAAAUCUAAAUAGCCUUAGAAUAUAAUUUAAAGAUUGGAAUAGAAAUUAAAUAACUUUGAUAGUUUAAAUUAAAGUUAAGUUAGUCCAAUGAAUUAAGUUAAUUUUAAUGAAGAUCUUUCAUUAGAUAUGAUAAAAAAAAGAAAAUCUUUUUCAAUUGAUUUGAGAUUUAAAAGAAGAAAUUCUGAAAAAAAGAAAACAAAUACAUAUGUCAAAUAACUAAAAUAAGAAAUACCUAAAGUAAUUAUAUAAUAAUUUUAAGAUAGAUUUAUCAUAAUUAAUUUCUGAUUCCUUUAGAUAAAAUAUAUCAAGUUCUUGUUAAUAUGAUGAUGAAUAAGAAGAUUAAUAAAGAGAAUCUUAAUUUAAUUACAAUAAUUUAGAAUUAACUUAAAUCUAAUAUCCAUCUCCAGAGUCUAAAAUUGAAUAAUUUAAAUCUAUUAUAUAAGAUUAAACAGAGAAAGAGCAGCUUCCAGAUAUUUAUAAAGAUAUAAGUAUAUAUAUAUUUAUAUAUGUUCACUCUUUUAGAAAUUAAUUAAAAUGUCGAUUUUGAAUAAAGAAAAAAAAUAUUAAAAAGAAGAAAACAAGUUGUACAUGAUAUCUUAAAUAAAUAAAAACCUAAAUUUUUACAUAUUUGUGGAUCUAAAUUUCCAGUUAUUAAUAGUGAAUAAAAUUGGAAUGAUUAUAAUAAUUUAAGAGUUAGAAUAAUAGAAAGAGAACUCUAAUAAAAAAUGAAUUAAUUGAGAGGUCCAAAAGAUUAAUUGUAAGAUUUCGAGAACUUAUCUAUAUUAUCUGGACCACCUAUAAAUACAAAUUAUAUUACAAAUAAUCUUAAAUCAGAUUAUUAAGAUGUUAAAGUUACCAAAAUUAUGAAAUAGCUUACUGCUUUGAAAUAGUGA